AUGGCAGAGCGAGGUGAGCUAUGUGGGAACAGGAUGCCAGCCCGUGAGAACCUGAUAGGAGCAACUGGCAGUGAGGGCCCCUCUCGGGGAAAGAGGCAAUCCAAAACUCCACCUGUGAGCGAGACUGACCUGACUCUCCCAAGAGAUGAGGCAAAUGGCAGGUGGUCCCCCACGUCAUCGGGUCCGUGGACUCUCUACUGCCCCGAGCACAAAGAAGGAGCAGAAGGAACCCGAUGCUCAGAGAGCUCCCCAAGCAGAGGAGGAGGACCCCAGGAUUUGCCCAUGCCUCUCCCUUCUCACCCGCAGGUGAAGUGCAGGGACUGCGGGGCCUUUGGACACACGGCAAGGAGUAGGCGGUGCCCCAUGAAGUGCUGGGCCGGGGCCCUGGCCCCACAGCCCUUGGGCCCCAGUACAAAAGAGAACCUGGGACCAAAGAAGCCACUGAACGCCCACGACGCAGCGCCCUUCAACAAGGCUGAGAGAGAGAAGGAACAGAGACAAAGGCAAGAAGAGGAAAAGAGGAAGGCUCUACUCCAGAAAUUUCCCAAGAUGCUCCCAGGAAGGCAGCAGAAAGGUUGGAAGGAAGUGACAGAGUCUUGUGACUAUGUCAGGUCUUCUGAGUCAGCCGCCUGUCAAGGAAUCCGAUUCAGUCAUUUCGGCCAGCCCGUUCCCGUCGUGAAGCUGGCAGACAACGGUCCUGCUGGUGGCUCCCUCGAAGGGCCCCAGGCUGCCUCCCAAACCCUUGGGCUGGGACACACGUUCCACCCGCAGGCAGAAGCCAAGCGUCCCGCUGUGAACACACAGGCCGACCCAAAGCCUGCCACACAACGGCUGAGCCAGGUCUCCAACCUCAGAAGCAAGGCACCAGGCAAGAGACCCGCUGUGAGUUCCAUGCGAGGUUGCCACAAUCUCCCCAAGAAACCGAGACUUGACUCAUCCCAGACGCCCCGUAAAACCACGGAGACACCUGAGCUGGAGGCUGUGCACAUUCUGCCGCCUCCGUCAAAUCCAACCGGACUGACAGAAGCAGUGUCACCCCGAGUGACCAAGGAUACGCUAAGCCCGCUGCCGAGCUCGGACCUGCAGCCUCGGCACGACAGACCUCGCCUGAACACUGACCACGCCAGCACCGUGUCCCACCAUCCCCCGCCCAGCCAUGUUCCCGGCCAGCCCCUCAGAGUGGUCUUCAGGAGGUUGGACAAUGGAUGGUGGAGCUCCAGGUUAAUGACCUCUCCCUCGCCCUGUCCUCCUGAGAGGUCCACCCCUCCUGCUCAGAGCUCUCACGUCCCGGAGAAGUCUGAAGGACACUGUACCCGGGUCCCACUGAGUGUCCUCUAUGAGGACCUCCGGCUUUCUUCCUCCUCUGAGGAGAGCGACUGGGAUUGAGAAACCCCACACAAGGGGGAAAGCACAGCCUCCAGCCUCCUGCGACUUGGACAAGCUGUUCGGCCCAAGACAGCAUGCAGGGAGCAGCUGUGUCUGCUGCA